AUCGUCUAAAUGCCGAGUUGCGAACCAACCCUAAAUCACAUUUCCCUUUCAUAUAUCCCUUUCUUCUUCGUCUUUCCUCUCGACCUGCUUUUCAUUUCUCCCCCAGCCCGUCUUCUCUGAUCCUCCUUCGAACUCGGACGAUUGCCUUGUCCUCUCUCAGUUGCAUGCUCGAAGGUGGGACUUGCUAAUUUUAAAAAAUCUCGCAGAUUUCUUCUCACAACUGUGAUUUCAGAUGAAUAGGGAGAAACUUAUGAAGAUGGCUGGUGCCGUUCGCACUGGUGGGAAGGGCAGCAUGAGGAGAAAGAAGAAGGCUGUGCACAAGACCACCACUACAGAUGAUAAAAGGCUUCAGAGCACACUGAAGAGAAUAGGAGUGAAUGCUAUUCCUGCAAUUGAGGAGGUCAACAUAUUCAAAGAUGACGUAGUUAUCCAAUUUGUAAACCCCAAAGUUCAAGCAUCCAUUGCUGCCAAUACAUGGGUUGUUAGCGGCUCUCCACAGACAAAGAAAUUGCAAGAUAUUCUCCCUCAAGUUCUAAGUCAUUUGGGUCCUGAUAAUUUGGACAACCUAAAGAAGUUGGCGGAGCAGAUCCAGAAGCAGGCACCGAGUGCUGGUGAUCCAGCAACUGCAGCACCAGAAGAUGAUGAUGAGGUCCCAGAGCUUGUAGCUGGGGAGACGUUUGAAGCUGCUGCAGAGCAGGGUAAUGCUGCUUAGGAAAGAUGGUCAGGGGUUUUGUGCUAUUUUAUGCACUUACUUUUUAUUCUUCCGGUUUUCGAAGUUCUUGUGUUUGUAGUUGUAACUUGAUCCUCCAUCUUAUCAAUGUUCUGAUCCAAUUUAUAAUUUUUUA